CUGUAGACUGACGCUUUCUAGAAUUCUUCGGUGAAGAUCGUUAUCGGCGUUGGGCUUAGGGCUCGCUGCCCUCGGCCGCACCGAGAGCCGUGAUUGGCGGGCGACUCCGAUGAGUAUACGGCAGUCUGGGAGAGGGUAGAUUUCUCCCGAUCUUGAUCAAGGCGAGAUAUAUUCAGUGCAUUGUCUUGGUUACCUUGAUUGCCAGACAGCAGACCUCGGAAUGGCUCACGCACUGAUGGAUAUAGUUGUGCCGACAGCACACCAGCAGCAACAACAACAACAACAACAACAACGGCUUGUUUUCCAGUCUCUCGCCGAUAUCACGGCGGCAGCGACCUCGUCGGCGCUGAUAUCGCCCGCCGUGACGGUGUGCGAUCGACUGGUGGUGGAGAAAUCGUCGCUCAACCAGCCCUUCCUCCCGUCGUUACGCACACAGCUCGGCUCCCUGCUCUGCAAACCACACCAUUUCGUGCGGUCGCCGCCCUACCUGCUUGUGUGGACGUUGUACACGGCGACGUUUGCGACCGCCAACCUGGCCGAAACCCUGGGCACCCACGCCCAGGUAGAUGGCAAGACGACGAUGGCGGCGACGUUUGCCAGCACCUUCCUCGUCAACGCCGGCGUGGGCAUCUGGAAAGACGUCCGGUUCGCGCAGCUGUUCGGGUCCUCCUCCUCCACCGCCGCCGCCGCCGCCGUCCGACAGAGCACGCAGCUGCUCCGCCGGAUCCCGACCAGCACAUACUCUGCCUUCCUGGUGCGCGACGCGAUGACCAUCUUCGGGUCCUUCAGUCUGCCGGGCCCCGUGGCGGAGCGGAUCCCCGACGCCGUGACGGCCAGCCCGGCGCUCAAGACGCUGGUCGCGCAGGUGGGCGUCCCCGCCGCGAUGCAGCUGGUCUGCACGCCCGUCCACCUCCUCGGGCUGGACCUGUAUACGCGGCGGGAAUCGCUGGGCUGGCGGGCGCGAUGGCAGCGGAUCGGGCGGGACUGGUUCCCGGCCUCGGUGAUGCGGAUGGUCAGGGUGCUCCCUGCGUUUGGACUGGGCGGCUUUCUCAAUCGGGAGGUGAGGGAGGCCAGUCACCUGUAGAUACUCUGAUCGACAG